CGCUCUGCCUUUCUUGUUGCUAAGCGUCUCUGCUUCCUUUUGUCCCGUCUUGCCAACCCAACACUACUUCAUCCUCCACGUUGUCACUAUCGUUCUCUCCGCAGCAGCCAGUGAGAAUACGAUAGAUGCUAAUACCUCCCGACCAGUUUCUCUGAGAAUGCCUCACCAAAUGCUGCUUCUAUAUGCACUAUUGCUGAUCAUGCUUCCACCACCUGAAGUACCGUUCACCGCCGCACUCCCGCCGUCGCCGAUCUCCGACGCAUUUGCGCUGCUAUCCUUCAAAUCUGCAGCCGACCCCGGAGGUAGCCGCCUAAGUUUUUUUUCCACCGGAAACCAUUCAACAUCUGAGCAAUGCAGGUGGCCCGGCGUAUCCUGCUUCGCCGAUGGCAGAGUUGUCCGCCUCGUUCUUGAAAGUCUCGGCCUAAACGGCACCUUACCUAACUCCACCCUUGGCCGCCUCGACCAGCUCCGCGUGCUUAGCCUUAAGUCCAACUCACUCUCCGGCCCUAUACCUGACCUAUCUGCCCUUCUAAACCUCAAAGCCCUCUUUCUGGGCAACAACCUCCUCUCAGGCCCUUUUCCUUCCUCUCUAGUAACGCUCCACCGGCUCCGCACCCUCGACCUCUCCCACAACUUCCUUUCUGGCCCCAUUCCCUCCGGUCUCACCUUCCUUGACCGUCUCUACUUUCUCCGCCUCGACUCCAACCUUCUCUCCGGCCCUGUCCCAUCCCUCAACCAGUCCUCCCUCAAAAUCUUCAAUGUUUCUGCAAACGACCUCGCUGGCCCAGUGCCUGUAACCGCCGCACUUUCUGCCUUUGGAGCCGCUGCCUUCUCCGGAAAUGUCCGCCUCUGUGGUGCCGUCGUCCGACGCGAGUGUGGCUCCCAUUUACCCUUUUUCCAAUUCAGCGCUGCAGCUCCAUCACCUGCUAAACCACGGCAAGGCUUCCUACUUCCUGGCUCUGCUUCUGCCACCUCCCCUCAUCGGAGAACCCACAGGAAGGGCGUGAUGGCAGCCGGGUUCUUUGUCUGUGCUGCCAUUUUGUUAAUACUUCUACUUGGUGUUUCUUUAGCGGUUCGGAAGAAGAAGAGAAGAGGCAUGGGAAAGAAUGUCAUCAGUGAUGUGGGUGUAGGGGAUGGUGAGAUGGAGGUGCAUGUGGAGAGCACUGCAGAAGAGGUUGAAGAUAGAUGCAAUGAGCUCGUGGCGGCAGCGGCAAUGACGGAGGAGAAGAUGAAGAGAUUGGGGAAGAGUGGGUGCUUGGUGUUCUGUGCAGGGGAGGCUCAGGUAUACACUAUGGAGCAGUUGAUGCGUGCAUCUGCAGAAAUGCUGGGAAGAGGAAGUGUGGGUUCGACGUACAAGGCAGUGUUGGAUAAUAGGUUGAUUUUGUGUGUGAAGAGGUUGGAUGCAGCAAAGAUUGGUAUGGCUGGAAAAGAGGGAUUUGAGCGGCAUAUGGAGGCAGUGGGGAGGCUUCGGCAUCCCAAUCUGGUGCCUCUUCGUGCCUUCUUCCAUGCAAAGGAGGAGAGGUUGCUUGUUUAUGAUUACCAGCCGAACGGAAGUCUCCAUUCUCUCAUUCAUGGUUCAAGAUCCACUAGAGCUAAGCCCCUUCACUGGACAUCAUGCUUGAAGAUCGCAGAAGAUGUUGCUCAGGGUCUUGCAUACAUCCACCAAGCCUCCAGAUUAGUACAUGGAAACAUCAGAUCAUCAAACGUGCUCCUGGGCUCGGACUUUGAAGCCUGCCUCACUGAUAAUUGUCUCUCAUUUCUUGUUGAUCCAAUUGAUCCUGAAAAUGAUUCGGGAUACAGAGCUCCUGAAACCCGGAAAUCAAAUCGGCAUCUGACACCCAGGUCGGACAUUUAUGCUUUCGGCGUGCUUCUACUGGAGCUCCUCACAGGGAAGCCUCCAUUGCAGCACCAUUUCCUUGUUGCCACUGAUUUGCCGACCUGGGUUCGCUCGGUAAGGGAUGACGAAGGGGCUGAUGAUGAACGCUUGAGGAUGAUUGUCGAUGUUGCUGCAGCUUGUGUUCGUUCUUCACCGGAAAGCAGACCGACCACAUGGCAAGUCCUGAAGAUGAUUCAAGAAGUGAAAGAGGCUGAUAUUGGAGAAGAUGAUGAUAAAGACUCGGGUAUUUCCUAGUCCCUUAAACUGGAUAAUCAGGUUGAUCUUGCUCUGAACUUGUAAUGUUGAAGGGUUGCAAGUACAGUGUUUUUCUGUUGCUUUUGUGUUUCUGUCUGCUAACUUGUAACAUAGCUGGUUUGAACUGCACGAUGGAAGUAAACAUUGGUGCAUGCAUGGGAAAGGAUGGGAUUCUCUCUCUCUCUCUAUUAUUAUUAUUAUUAUUUAAUUUUAAUGAACUGAGUGUGAUAUGUUUGAGAUAAAUGCAA